AAUUCCAUAAUUACCUCCCUUAGUUAUUACACCAGAUUUCCUUUAAAAUUAAAAAAGCUGUUAUUGAUACCAAUUUUAUUACGGAAAGUGUCAUCUUUCAUAGACACUGCCGAUGUAGGAGAAUCAAGUAUGAAUAAAAAUGGCAAUGAUAUUCCACACCCUCAUUGGUUGGCAGAGAACCGACUUACAACAUUUCAAAACUGGACUAAUAAACAUGUGUCAAAGGAACGGAUUGCUGAAGCUGGAUUUAUUUAUACAGGAGGAGACAGCAAAGUAAAAUGUGUUUUUUGUUAUUUAAUAAUCGAUGAAUGGAAUGAAGGCGAUGACCCUUUCGAGAAACACCAAGAACUGAAUGCGUUUUGUCCCUUUUUGAAAAUCCAAGCAAAAAAGACUGCAUCAGAGAACAAUAUAAUCGUACAUAAACCCUAUUUUCCACAAUACAGUUCAAAAGGCUCAAGAGAACUAACGUUUGAAACAUGGCCAAGAGGUCAAUAUCCACCGCCAAAACUAUUAAUUGAUUCAGGAUUCUUUUACACAGGGAAAGGUGAUAAAGUGCAGUGUUUCCAUUGUUCGUUGAUUGCUGGCAGAUGGGACCCUAAUGAUGACGUGAAUAUCGAACAUUGUCGACUGAGCAAAGAUUGUGUUUUUAUGAAGUUACUUAUGGGACCUGACUAUGUUCAAAAAUGUCAACCAGGCACAACAGCGACAGAAGAGGUUUCUGCCACCCACUUAACCCGAAAUGGUAUUAUCAUCAGAACUCUGCAACAACAAGGCUAUCCACAAGUAUUCAUUGAUUAUGCGUAUUUCAAGCUUAAAAUGGACGGCAUAGAGAGAGAAUACGCUAACGCAGAAGAACUGUUUUGUUUCAUACAUACGCUUCCAGGAGCUGAGGAAGCUGCUUCGGAAAGAAUGAGCAACCCAACUGUUAAAAGUCCACAUGAAACAAAUUUCGUCAAAUUAUGUAAAGUGUGCCUUAAUAUGGAAGGUAAAUUUAUUGCACAUCCGUGUGAACAUUUUAACUGCUGUGUAUAUUGUAAAGAAAAGUUUAAGGUUUGUCCAUCAUGUAUGGCUGAUGUUACUUUCUGAAAAAAAGAAGCAUAUCUAUGCUAAGUAGCAAUUUGAACACUGACAUGUAAAUUUUGAUGAACUGAUGGAAUCCUUAAAUAUAAAUUUAAACAAUAAUUAUGGAUAUAAAAUUGCUACUUCUCCUUUUUGUUAAUCCUCCUGUUUGUCUGUUUAUGACUUUGUUCAAAGGAAUCUUAUUUACUUUUAUCAAUCCACAGAAUAUCUUUGCUUUUAUGGUUUCUGAGUUUUUAACUUCUCCUAAAAUAAUUAGAGGUGUAUGCCUGAUCUUCUUGAACCUACCUUUUCACA